UUGAAUUUUGGAUCAGUUUGGGCAAUUUUCCCAUAUCCUCUUCUCUCACUCUCUCAUCGACCCGCUCCAUUUUUUCUUCUUUCUACUUUCUCCUCCAACGACGCAGCCACUCCCCGCGUGUCCUGAAACGUGCCGCGACCGAGCCCGCCAAUUGCUCCAACGAACGGCGCUCGACAAUCCUCCCUCUCCGGCGACCUGCUUCAACAGCAGCUGCAAGCAUUUGAAUCUAUAAUGCAGCCGCAGCGGCGACAUUUUGAGUAAGAUUACUCACAACCCUCUGGAAGGAAUCCAGAUCAAAAUAUCACAGCUCGUAAAGGUCAGAUCUUAUUAUGACUUGAUCGGAUUUGAUUUAAUUUGAAGGAUGGUUCUUAUUUAUUUAUUUAUUUAUUUAUUUAUUUAUCUGUCUAUCUAUCUUCAAUUGUGUCUGUUACGGUUAUUUUUCCUUUUUUUUUUUUUCUUUUCUAGAGAAAGUUUAUGUUCUAACGUAGAUCAACGUCACAGACUUGCAUAUUUAAUUAUGGUGGGACUCCUAUUUUGUUUUUUGUUUUUAAAUAACGACGCCAAUUUUUCUUUGAAGGCUUUGAGUUGCUAUUGAUUGGCAUUGUUUAGGGCAAUUGAAAAAUCAAGGGCUCAAACGAUCUCUUUUGGAUAACAGGCUCAAAUUGGAAGAUACGAAACUGUCUUUAGUUCUUUAAACUUGAGUGUGGAUCAAAAAACACAUUUACAAUAGUCGUUAAAGAUUUGAGAAAGCUUGGAUUUUGGGAAUUAAAAGUUUCAAACCAUUAUUUGUUCACUUUGGUUGUAUUGCAAGCUUCAAGAGGACUUGAUCGAUGAAAUGGUUGGUUUAGCAAAGCAAUCGAAGAGAGCAGUCUGAUAAUGAGCCAAUUCUUAGAGAGCAUAGAAAAAGAUUUUUCCUCUUUUCUAAAUGGGUUUAAGUAAAACGGAAAUCAACUUGAAGCGGCUCCUGGCAACUGCCCCUCAUCAGAAGGAUCAGGCUAAACUUAUACAUUAUGUGACUACUCUAAGAGAACAGUUGGAGCAACUUGCAGAAGAGAAAACACCCGAAGGCUUAUCAAGAGUUUCAAAGGCUUUGCUUGGCGAUUAUUCAGAGAAGAUAGAGGCCAUUGCUUCAAAAUUAAUUGUACCAUUGCCUGAUGUGGAAGAGUCUUCUGAGCCCUCUACAAGUACUUCUGUUCGAGAAAUUUCGUCUGUAGCUGAAGGAGAUUUAAACACCCCCAGUUCACCUACGGGACUAAGGAGGAGAUUUCCGGCAUCCUCUACUGUGGAAGAUAGAUCUCAUGGCACCAUCAAAGAAGACUCCUCAGCACCUGUCAAGUUGGAUGCUGCAGCAAUAAACCACAUUGAGAAACACAGGAAGCUUCAAGAGGAUUUGACUGAUGAAAUGGUUGGGUUAGCGAAGCAAUUGAAAGAGAGCAGUCUGAUAAUGAGCAAAUCUUUGGAGAACACUGAAAAGAUACUGGAUUCCACGGAAAAGGCCGUUGAGGAUAGCUUGGCAACCACUGGUCGUGUCAACAAACGUGCUGUCCAGAUUUACUCGGAGAGCUCAAAAACUUCAUGCUUCACUUGGCUGGCGAUCUUCGCAAUGACGUGUAUUUUCAUAAUGGUUGUGCUUCUCAUUCGAGUUACUUGAAAUACUAGAAAUUAUUAUUUGGAUUCUCAGUAAAAGGUUCAAGCAUUCUUGAACUUGUAUACACACACUUCUCGGGUAAAAAAGAAAACGAGAUCACUCGUUGGAUAGGGUAACCGUUUGUAAUUUUAACUCAUCAUUGAUAUUUUUGUUUAAUAUCAAACAAACGAUAUUAAAGCCAGAAGAAUUCGUGGUGA